CCCUUUUGACGCUCGCUGUGUGCGCAGGAGGGAAACUUUAAACCGAUGCCAGUGGAGUGCGAGGAGUGGCCACUCAGACGAGCACAUGCACUCUUUAUGUCAUCGCUGGUGUGAAGAUGUAGAGAGCAGAGCCAGGUGAAUGUGAGAGGAGAUCAUCAUAAUCAUCUGAAUUUCAUCAGGGAAAAAUCUCUCCUGGGGCUUCAAAUACUCCUAGAGAGGACGUAAAUACUGAGCAGGUUAUUUACAGUGAAGGUUGAUGAUUGCAAUUCAUGGUUAAACAGGAAAUGAGCACUAAUCCGUAUCCGGACUUAGGUCCUUAUUUCAUCCACAAAAAUGACCAGAGGAAACUUUCUCCUCCCGGCCGUUCAGAUGUUCAGCCUCAGUAUGUUCAUCACGUGGCUCCGAAACCCCCACCUGAGAUCAGCCACUCCAUUCCCAAACACAAAGAUGUAAAGAAGCGCUGUGUGAAGUUCACUGUGGCUGCUGUGAUCUCCCUGCUGCUCCUCCUGCUGCUGGCUGGGAUCCUCCUCGGUUAUUACUAUUCCUCGGCCUGUGUUCACGGGAUGCAGUGUGGCGAUGGGAGCUGUGUGUGGGAGUCUGAGUGGUGUGACGGGGUGAAGGACUGUCGUGGAGGCCAGGACGAAGCUAACUGUGUGAGGCUGCAGGGCUCCAGCUUCCUGCUCCAGAUCUACUCCACUCAGGGCAAAAACUGGAGGACGGUUUGUUCUCUCGGCUGGACCGAGCAGCAGGGGAGAGCCAGCUGCCAGCAAAUCGGAUACAGCAGGGGCACGUAUUUCAAAUCAGGCCAACAGACGACCAACUCUGAGGAUGGAUACCUAAGAGUGAAGUCUGACUUCAAGUCUGAUGUGUCCAUACUGCAGCAGCUUGUCCUCAGUGAUACCUGUCCUGACAACAGUGUGGUGACUCUGCGCUGUACUGAUUGUGGGAAAGGGGUGAACUCCAGCAGGGCCUCUGGGGGCCGGCCGGCCUCUCUAGGCUCCUGGCCUUGGCAGGUCAGCCUGCAGGUUGCGGGCUCCCACCGCUGUGGGGGAGCCAUCGUCUCCCCCUACUGGAUAGUCACUGCAGCACACUGUGUGGCCAGAGCCUCCAGCCCUGGAGACUGGACAGUGUAUGCUGGGAUAGUGGAUCCGUUAGGCAGUCUGUUUAACCCUGCUUACUCUGUGAGCCGCAUCAUAGCGCACGAAGGCUUCGACAGUGCCACCCGCAGGAACGACAUCGCUCUGAUGAGGCUCUCUGAACGUCUGGACAUCACAGCGUCUGGUAACAUCAGACCUGUGUGCCUCCCAAAUGUUGGUCUGAACAUCACAGCUCCUCAGAUGUGCUGGGUAACACGAUUUGGCCCCACAGCAAUUGGAGACUCUGACUCUACGUACCUGACGGAGGCUCAGGUCUCUCUCAUAGACAUCGCAGACUGCAACAGCUCCAUCGCUUACAGUGGCCGGAUAUCAAAGGACAUGUUAUGUGCCAGGGAGACGGGGGCAGCGACCGACCUGUGCCGUGCUGACAGCGGAGGCCCUCUGGUGUCCCUGCAGGACGGUGUAUGGUGGCUCAUAGGGGACACUAUUUGGGGGGAACACUGCACUGAGAAGAACAAGCCAGGUGUUUAUGGAAAUAUCACCUACUUUCUGGACUGGAUCUACCAUCAGAUGAGGAAGCAUCAAGAUGACUGAUGACAGAACCAAAGACGAACUAUCUGAGAAGAGGAUGUUUGUUUUAUUUUUAUUGAGUAUGCAAAAAUAAUAUAUUUAAAAAUGGCUCAACAAUAAGUUGUACUUGAUAUUACUGCUCUGCAUCCUCCCAAUUCACAUCACAGCAGAUGUUGGUAUCAAACUGGUUUAAAUUCAUGUAUUAUACUCCGAUGAACAAUGUUUUCACAUCAUCUCAUAUUGUUUUAUUUUUUGUAUAUUUAUGUGAAAU